CAGGGCAGCCCUUUUGGGCUGCCCUCUUCUCCCUCCUUCCCCUCCAUUUUUCCUCUUUUCUUUAUAAUUUCUUUUGAGAUUUGAAGAACUACUCACACAAAGCUUCAAAGAUCUAUCAAGGAGCUCAAUCUCUACAAGAUUCAAGAUUUGGGUAUUUUGUGGGGUUGUAAUUCAAGGUACUUAUUUUGUAUUAAUUUGAGCUAUGGAUCGAUGGAGUUAUUCAUGGGAAAACCCAAUGGGAUAUGAGCAACCUCCUCAAGAUCGACCUUAUGCACCUUCAAAGCCAUCCAUCGAAGAAUUGUUUGCUCAAUUCAAAGCUAUAAGUGAGAGUGUAGAUCUAAUCAUGGAGCAAUUCAAGGCUAGCCUACUUCAAGAGCAACCUCCCACCACUUUAUAUUUGCAAGAGCCUUUCUUUGAUCAAGUGGAGCCUAUUUCAAGAGAAGAUGUACAUAUCAAGCAUCUUGAGCAAGAGUCGUUUAUGCAAAUUGAUGAUUAUAGUGAUGUUGAUGUACAAGAAAGUGAGCUUGGUUAUGAAAGUUCCAAUGCAAGUGGGGUGAAAGACUACACUUCGGAGGAAUGGGUGCAAUAUUGGAAAUCUAAGCUUCCUAAUGGAGGGGAGAUAUUUGAAGAUGAUUCCGAUGAAGAUGAUGUCUUUUCUAGUGAGGAGGAUGCGGAGUUUGAAGUGAUGCACCGCAAUCGCUUAUUCAUUGAGGCCAUAUUUGAAGAUGAUUCUGAUGAAGAGGAUGUCUUGUCUAGUGAGGAGGAUGCGGAAUUCAAAGUCAUACACCAUAAUCCUUUGUUCAUUGAGGAGGAUGCGGAGCUUGAAGUCAUACAUCAUAAUCCAUUAUUCAUUGAGGUUGAUUUUUCCAUGGAGGAAGAGAGUCCUUCACUACCUUGUGAUGAAGAAGUUGAAGAACCAAGGACUUUCUCUCCUACCACAUCCAAAGAGAUCCAUCAUGAGUUUCCCAAGGUGGAUUGUAGAAUAUUGAGCACUUAUGUUCUUAAUGAGAGGAUUGGGAUCAAGGUACUUUUACCUCCCAAUCCACCAUUAAGUGGUCAAUGUUUCUACAAUGAGGUGAUGGAUUGGAAAGGAAAUGGAGCACUUGCACUCACCCUUUCCCAUCACUCUCAAGAGCUUCUACCACCUAUUGUUCCUAUGGGUAUCAUUUCUACACCACUUGAGAAGGAGAAGGCAAGGAUAGCUCCUAGAAGAAAAAUUGAGAAGAAGAGGAAGAUUAAGAAGCUAUACUUUUGGCCAUCAAAUGGAGUAUUCUUAUGUAGCUCUUGGUCUUGUCUCUAUGAUACAUCAAAGAGUCCCUUAGCCCCAAACAAUAGGGUGGUCGCACUUGAGAAGUAUCCACCUUAACAAAGUUCACGUUCUAUGGACCGGCAAUGAAGUCCUUAAACAAAGCGCUCGCUAGGGAGGCAACCCUAGCACAUCAUCGGUAGUAUUUCUUCCUUGAGUAGUUUAUUUUUGUUGUGAAUAAAGCUUUUGAGUCAUUUUUGGGAGGAUGGGAGGUGUUUGGAGUUGGAAGUGUGAAGAAAGCAAGAAUGUAGUGGUGUGCAGUUUCUUUCCAGAAAUUGCAGUUCAUUUUGGGUGACUAAAUUUUCAUAUUUACAUGUUAUUUUGAGCUGAAUUUUUCUGUAGACAUUCCACUUGUGUCUACUGUCUUGUGCCAAAAUUUCAGACCUUUUGAGUCCUUGUAACUCCAGUUAUUCAAUGGUCAAUGCAUGGAGGUCAGAACAGAGACAGCUACUGUAGAGUGAUUUUGGGAAGCUACACCCUCUACAUAUUAAGUUAUUUGGAGCUCAAAUUUUCCAGAGAUGUAUCUUCACAUGUCCUCUAUAUGGUGGUACAACAGUUUUUGAUUUGAGCCUCUCUAACUUCGGAUAUGGUGUUCCAAGCAACAGGGGCCAGAAACAGGGCACAGCAGAAACUGCAGAACAGAUUAGUGAGUUUGGAGGCCAACGAUUUUUGACUCAGAAAUUAUAUUUCAGUGAAAUUUUACCUUAUGGUAGCCUUAUGAGUCUAGUUUCAUAUCUCAUUGGUCUCACCCUCUUUGCACCUCUGGAGCUUCAGAUAUUGCAGUUUUGGUGAUUGAGGGUCAGCAGAAAACUUCUUGACAGAUUAGCAAGUUUGACCAGCUUUAAUUUUCAUUUCAAUUGGAGAUAGGUGGCUUACCUUAUAUGGAUAGAAAGCUCUCUGAGUCUACUCUCCAUUCCAAGUGGUCUCACUUCUUUGUCUCUUUCUGAGUAUGAUAUAUGAGCAUUUGAAGACAGAAAGGUCAUUGCUGGAAGUCUUCUGCACUUACUAGUUUUGUUCACUCGGGUUGGUUGGACUUCUUUGCACUUCAUUUCAUCUUUGGAGGAUAAUCUAUGGGCAGUCGUGGAGUGUGUUGGAUGUUUUCAAGGCCAUGAUCUUAAUGGAGGACCCUUGUCCUUAUUCUUUGAUGGGCUAUUUGUGAUGCAUUGCUCUUGGACACUACAUAUUUUUCAAUGGAGUUGAUCUUUUCAUGAGCACCUAGAGCUAUUAUGGAGCAUACGUUAAGGAAGUCAAGGUCUUGUGCCUUGAGGUUGGUGUCUUCUAAUGGUCUUCUCCGAAGGUCGUGAGCAA